AUGACCACUCCUAAGCGGGUCAAAACCCGCAUCUGCAUGAUCUCCGACACUCAUACCAGCACCCCUCUCCCCGCGUCCUUCAAGGAUUACGCAUUCCGAGACCCCCUACCACAAGCCGACGUUCUUCUCCAUGCUGGCGAUCUCACCAAAGUCGGCUACUAUGGCGAAUAUGAGAAGAUGGUCGAUAUGCUCAAGGCAGCCGACGCCGAAUUGAAACUUGUAAUCGCUGGCAAUCACGAUAUCACACUCGACGAGGAACACUUCACAACAUUCGGUUAUAAGCGUCACCGCAAGCCAAUUCGUCUGGGCACUACAGAGACCCUCCCAACAACCGAGGAGGAAUCAUCAUAUAUGAAAAGUAUUCGUGAAAAUGCGGUACCAGAUCUGGAUGAUAUGAAAGCCUAUGUUCGACGCGUCAAGGACCUCUGGACAAACCAAUCAGCUCGAGAUGCAGGAAUUCGGUAUUUGGAGGAAGGAGUUCACUCAUUCGUUUUGUCCAAGGGCGCUAAACUCACCGUCUAUGCGUCUCCAUAUCAACCUGAAUUCUGUCGUUGGGCAUUCGCCUAUCCCCGCACAGAAGAUCGCUAUAACCCUCCGAAUCCUGGCUCAACAAAACCUCCUCCAGCAAAUCCAGUCCCGAGGCACCCGAACAUAGAUGUCAUGCUCACGCAUGGUCCUCCUCAUGGGCUCCUCGAUCUUGUCGGUCGCGGCUCUGUCAAGGACCGCAAUGGCGACGAUUCAGCCAGCCAUACUGGAUGUACGCAUCUUCUUCGCGCCGCAGAAAGAGUUCGGCCUCAGAUCUAUGUAUUUGGACAUAUUCACGAGGGCUGGGGUGCUGUCCGUGGAACCUGGGAUAUGUUUGCGAAUGGAGGAGUCAGACAAGAGCCCAUUGAUACCAACCAGGAGGAGAUGCUGGAAAACCGAGGCGCAUUUUACAAUGCCAGUUCUGAUAGUGAUAGGCCGCUGAAAUUCGGUGCAGAGACUCUCUUCGUGAAUGCGAGUAUCUGCACGCUCUCUUAUCAACCGAAAAAUGCUCCUUGGGUAGUUGAUAUAGAUCUCCCACUCACGGAAACACAGCCUCCGGUGCAAGACGAUGAAAAGCUCAUAUAG